UUUUUAAUUAUGAUAAAAAAAAAAAAAAUGAAAAAAAUCAACGCUUUUCGAAGUUAUGACGAAGUAAUGAGAGCGUUGUUCGAUAAAAGAAUCACUCUGUAUACGUAUAUUAUGAUGGUGACGUGUGCCGGCGCAUUAAAUGCACGCGAGACACGGUGCACGAAAGCGACGGAAAACAAGUCGUAUUUUUUCGUCGACACACUGUAAAACGUAGGUAGAUGGCUCGUUUUACGACGGUUUCGUCGGCAGAGAGGUCGGCCGCACUCGACGCGGCGGGGGGGUGAUCGGGACGGGCAGGACGUUGCGGGGGGUAGAGUCGUCAUGACGACGUCGCAUCCUCUAUAGACGGGCGGACGGGAAGAGUGGUAGAGGCACGUAUACAAUGUACGUAUUCCAGGAAUUUGCAGCUGACGUCGUCGACGACGAUUUCUACCCGGUGGACAAUGACAUUCCUUCGUGUUGGCGAAGCAGAUGUUUCGAUUACUAUAGAAAAUACAAAUGAAAAUAAGACCCAUUUCGGUUGUCGGGCGCUCUCGCACGUUCGCGGCGACAAAGACGCGUCGAUUUGUGACGCCACUGGUAACAAAACCAAAAUGGACGAAAUAUCUGCGACGUAAUAUCGUUUAAAAGAUUAAAUGAGAAUUAAACGACACGUUUAAGUUUCCCGUCGUGCCCGAUGACGGUACGGAGUACCGGUCUGGUCAAACGAGUCUGUCAAAAAUAAAAACGGGAAGGAAAAUUAAAUUUUGUAUUUUUUGUUAGUAUGCGCUCUAAAAAAAUAAAAAAAAAAGCCGGGAUUGUUAAUCGGGCAGACGUUUUAACGCGGCGUGCAACUAGUAGUAUUAGUAUUAUAGCUGUAUAGCCACUGUGUCAUUAUCGUGAAUCGACGGCCAAAUAAAAUGCGAUCGACGACUGACUGGCCGCCAUCGCCACUAAGUGUACGGUGCUCUGUCGUAUUUCGUUUUUGCCGCCAAUUCGUUCUCGUUGUACACAUUCCUCAAAUUAUUUUUGCGAAUUGAUUUUCUGUUAUUUUACACGAUCAUAUUUUUAAUCUUAUUAUUCAGUUAUCGGUUAUAGACUCGCGUACAACGCCGAACGUAUAUUAUAAUAUCGCAUUAUCGCAGUGUGCAUAUUAUACAUAAUAUAUUAUGUUGCCUAAGUCUUCUUAGAAAUAAAUGCGAUAACCUUAUACGAUAAUAAUAAUUAUUAUUGUUUUCAAUAGUCACUAACAACCGUUGUACAGACGCUUUACAUUUCGACAAUUAAUGUAGUUCUCAUACAGCACCGCUAAUUAAAUACAUGUACUAUACAGAUUAAAUUUUAUCUGGUUUGUUAUAAACCACAACGAAAUAAUGUUAUAUUUAUUUAACAAAAAGAAACAAAAAAUCGGCUAAAUGGACGAUAGGGAAAAAUAAUUCGGUAAAGUGGUGUGGAGACGUAAUGCAACGGCGGGAAUACGGUAGCCGAGAUCGUGUUCGUCGACUACGUACGGGCCUGCCCGAUUUUUAUGUUUGAUCGGAAAUUCUGUAAAGAGUAUUAUAAAACGUGUUUUGGAUCUGAAGAUACGUUUGUCGUUUAGGAAAUAAUUUUUACGAUCGAUCGAAAAAAUAUCGUCGAACAUUAAUCGCUAUCGUUACUAAAACGAUAUUUGCUCUUCGAAUGUUCUUUUCGUAUCGAUAAAAACGGAAAAUAAAAACCGCGCUGCGGCGAAAGUCCGAUCGUCUAAAACCAUUAAUCCGAAAAUCCGCUUUCCGCGUAUUAAUUACAACAACAGUAGUGCGAGACGAGUGACGGGUCCGCUCAAAAUCGCAUAUUAUUAUCUAAUAUUUGCGGCGGUCCGGGAGUCGGCGCCAUCGCUGAAACAUCAACCCGGUAACCAGCCGCCGCACGACGUACGAUCAUCGGGCACCGCGCGUUCGGACGGCGGCCGUCAACGCGGUGCACGGAGAAUUUCGAUUUUCGCUCGGAGCGCAGGCGGGGAGGGGCACGGGGCAGGAGCUGCUGUACCGCCGCCGUCGCCGUUUCCGCGCAGUUUCCGAGCGGCGCGUCAAUAGGUCAACGGCGAACGGGCCGCGGGGCGCGCGGGACAAACCGUCAGUUUCCCAAACGCGCGACGCGUAUUGGGCGCGCCACGGUCAAGAGUGGUACUACUCUGGUACCGCACCUUACCGCUGUUCUGUUCAUCCCCCCCUCCCCGCCUCGCCGUCGCCGUGCGCGUCCGUGUCCGACAUCGCGUACUCUGUGGCGCGUCGUCGUCGGCAUUAUUAUUACAGUCUCUGUGCAGUGUGCGCGCGCGUGUACCGCUCUCGGCGCAUACGUCCGUAUCACGGUCGACGCCAUAACAACAUCCGUCUUCGCGCCGAUUAUCGCGUAACAGUGUUGUUUUUGUUUAUAUUUCGAUUACCGCGCGUCCGAUCGUGUGACUCGAGCGAUUUCCGUAGUAGUAAUCACACUAUCGCGUCGGUGGUGUUUGUGUACGCGAUUUGUUUGUCUGUUUUUUCCGGUUCUGCAAAUAUGGCGUGGGGGUAUUCGUCGUCGGACGACUCUAGCGACGAUUCCGCCGAUUUAUCGACCGUAAGGAUCAAGACGGAGCCCGUAAGGUGCAAGUCGGAACCCCCGUCCGAAAGCGAGAAUGACGAUGAAAGCGAUUUAUUGAGAUACGGUCACCCUCUCAACACACUAAAUGGAGGCUGGGCCAACGCGCCUCCUAGCCGGGAACGGAGUCCGAUCAGAAGAAAUCGGUGCUGCACGUCGCCCCGCCGGGAACGCAGGGCUAAUAGAAACGAACGGCACGGAACGUUUUCCCAGGGCUCCCACAUGCCGAGCACCAGCAGCAACUCGGCUACCGAUCGUCGCUACGACAUCGAUUACUAUGAUAUUGAUGAUUCUAUUACUGAGGCCACUGCCACGACCGAUGGUGUUACUAUACGAUACCCACACGGUCUCACACUCAUUCCGUACUCGCAAGUUCCUCAUAGAGUUAUGUUUACCAGACCGAGUGGUGUCACCGUUCAACUCCCCAUUACUGAAGAAUGGAUUCAUGUUCCUGGUGGCAUUGAUAAGAACGACUACAUUGAUAUGAAGGACUACAUUGAUAUGAACGACAGCAUUGAUCGUAAGGGCCCUACAACUACAAUCAUUCCAUUCCGUUACCUCAAGAACGGCGUUCCUCGCAAUAUCCGUAUCGACAGUCGUCCGCCGGCCGCAUGCACCCAAAGUGUUCCUUCAGCCGUUCCUAUCGUUCCCCCUGCUGUUCCUAUAGUCCCCCCUGCCGUUCCUAUCGUUCCACGGGCCGUUCCACCAGCCAUUCCUAUUGACAAUGUUCCGAUCAAAAUUAAAUCUGAGAUAUUUUCGGACGACGAAGACAACGCCAACAGCCUCAAUAUGACGAUCACUAACGUCGCCGCUGACGACGACGACGACGACGACGAGGACGAUGACGACGACGACAACAACGAUGGCCACCACUUCGACUCCUUAGACUACGACGAAGAUGAAGAUGAAGUCCCCACUGACGACUACGACGACAUCGACCCGGCUAUCAUCGAAGCCCAGGUGAACCUCGCAUUACAAAAUUUUGAGGCAGACAGAAAACUGGCCAUGAAAAAGUCAAACGUAGAACCGUUUGAGGAAAAGUGUGUUCCUCCAGUCAUAACUGCUUCGGAACAUUUUCAAAAAGAAAUAUGUCAAAAAGAUACAUUAGAUCCUACGUUUGGUGAUGGAUUUGUAAUAGAAAAAAUUAUGAAUCCCAAGUUAAGAGAUGACGACGUCUUUUUGUUUGAAGUCCAAUGGCAACACGAGAAUUUCGCUGGUAUAGAUGUACUUGAGGCUCCUAUUAUUUAUGACCAUUGGCCUGAUGUGGCACUCAAGUUUUUUCGAGAGCGUUAUCCUAAUGGCAUAGAUAAAAAAAAAGAGAAUACUGACUGAUAAUAAUGUACCUGAUAUAAUUAACUAAUGAGGACUGAUUAAAUAAGUACAUACCUAAUGUACCAAUAGUUUUAUAUGUUAUAUUUAAGUUUUAAAAUAACAAUUAUUUUUACUUUGUUAUUCAUCAUACAACACUUUUUUAUUUACCUCAACAUAUAUAAUAUAAUAUAAGCUUCUGCAUUCCAUCUUAAUUUUUCAGUUUGUGAAUAUAUUUACUGAUUGUUGUCAAACAUAAUGUGUAAUCAGAAAAAAAUAUGUUUUUAUGUAAACCAAACUAUUUUGUUUCCAAAUGUUAUCUUUUUUUUACUCAUUUUUAUCAGGAUAUUUUUCAUCAAUAUUUGUGUUCCUUUUAAUAAAUAAAUGUUUUUUAACAA